AUGACAAUUGUUCAUAGAGAUUUGAAAGUCUCUGAGAAAUUUGUCGACGUUCCAAGUGCAGAUGAGGAUUUUAAAGUUCUUGAUAACUUCUACUGGUCCGCACAUAAAGAACCCCAUGCUAUAAGAAGACAUGCCAUAAUUAAGAAACAUCCAGAAGUGCAGCGACUUAUGGGCCACGAACCUUUGACUAAAUGGAUUAUCAUUGGUGUUGUGUCGCUUCAGUUAUCGCUUUCCUAUUACUUAAGAAAUACCCAUCCUUUUACUUGGAAAUUUUUCAUCAUUGCAUAUGUCAUCGGUGCUACCGCUAACCAGAAUAUCUUCUUGGCAAUCCAUGAAUUGUCUCACAACCUAGCAUUUAAGAAACCUGUCCACAACAAGUUGUUUGCCAUUUUCACAAAUACCCCAAUUGGUAUCCCAUACAGUGCGUCAUUUGGACCAUAUCAUCAAUUGCAUCACAAGUUUCUUGGAGAUGAAAUUUAUGACACGGAUAUCCCUACCAGGUUUGAGGCUGUGCUUUUAUCCAAUAUCUUGGGGAAAUCGUUCUUUGCCACAUUCCAAAUCUUCUUCUACGCAUUUAGACCUAUGUUUGUCACAAGGAUCAAAUUCACCUACAUCCACCUUUUGAACGUGUUGUACCAAUUUAUGUUCAAUUUUAUAUGGAUCGCGAAUUUUGGUUGGUAUUCAUACUGUUAUUUCCUGAUGUCCUCAUUCUUAGCCGGUUCUCUACAUCCAUGCUCUGGCCAUUUCAUUGCAGAACACUAUCUGUUGAACAUUGAAGAAGCUAUCAUCGGUGGUAAACUGAUGCUAAAAUUAACGCCAGCCGAAAGACAACCAAUUAACGUCACUGAUGAAUCAAACGUCUCAAGAGAAGACGUCGAAUUCAGGAAAAAGUACGCAUUGGAGACGUAUUCUUAUUAUGGGCUUCUAAACUUCUUCACUUGGAAUGUCGGUUUACACAAUGAACAUCAUGAUUUCCCAUUUGUUGCUUGGUCCCGACUUUGGGAAUUGAACAGUUUAUGUCCGGAAUUUUAUAAUCAUCUGCCAAAGCACUCCUCCUGGUGUAAAGUCUUGUACGAUUUUAUUACCCACGAUGAUGUCGUAUUAUACAAUAGAGUGAAAAGAGUUAAUAAAGAGUUCGAACAAAGCAAGGCUUAA